AUGCCAAGAGGUGCACGGCUUUUGUCUGGAGUUCGACGAAAGCGAGAGGUGCUGCUCGAUGAGGCACCACAAUCAGAAAGUCUUGAUCGACAGCUCGAGGGUACUGCGCUCACUUUGUUCGGACCAAUUGCAGAAUUUGCUUCGAAAGAAGAUGUGAAUCGAGAAUUUGCUGAUAGUAAACAAUCAAGAACCAAAUUCGGAACUUUGUCAGCGCUCAGUGAUGAGCAAUUGCAAAUGCUAGCGAAUAUUGUGCAAAAUAAGCUGGAUCAGUACGACCCGACAGUGCCGAUUGAAUCGUACCGAGUCGUCGAGCUCCCACCUGAGAUGUUCGUCAAUUCCAUUGCCAAUGGUCGGGAUGGUGAUGUCGAUGGAAUGAUCGGUGAUGAUGACGAUGGCUCUUAUGAUGAGAGAUUCAGAAUGCCGUUAGUCGCCAGAAUGCCAACCCGAAUUCCUUCAGAGCCAGCCGUUGUGGUCAUUCCAGAGGAUGAGUUGCAGAACCUAAUCGAUGCCCAACAGCAACAAGACGACGAACAAUUUGAUGACGAACCUCAACUAGUGAUUACACCUAAUGAAGAAGAGUUAUCGGAUGUUGUUCCGAUCGAUGAGGCUUUAGCAGAUGAACUGGAGUUACGCGAGAGGAUAGCCGAUCUGGCGGAUAUCCUUAACGAACGAGCUAAUCGAGGGAUGUGA